AUGGCGGCCUCUUUCUUCACGGACUUUGGCCUUCUGUGGUACCUGGAAGAACUCAAGCGGAAGGAGUUCGUGCAGUUCAAGGAGCACCUCAAGCAGGAGACGUUGCAGCUAGGGCUGGAGCCGAUCCCCUGGGCCAAGGUGAAGAAGGCCUCGCGGGCAGACCUCGCAGACCUGAUGAUGAAGAGCUACGAGCGGCGGGUCUGGGAGGUCACGUUCGCCGUGUUUCACAGGCUGGGCAGGAAGGACCUGUGCGACAGGGCCAGGAGCGAGAGCACAGGGCACGCAACGCUGUAUCAAGACCACAUCAGGAAGAAGUUUUCUGAGUGGGAGCCCCUUGCUGCAGCCCGUGAAGUCUGCAACCUGAUGCCCAGCCAGGCGGAAUGGGAGUUCAUGUCUCCCCUUUUUGCUCCUGGGGACGCAGGAGAGCAGGCACACACGGUGGUCUUCCAGGGGUCACCGGGCAUGGGUAAGACAGCACUGAUGUGGAAGCUGCUGCUGGCCUGGGCUGAGGGCAGCCUCUACCAAGAUCGCUUCACCUACAUCUUCUACCUGUGCUGUCACAAGCUGAAGCCGCUGGCGCCCAUGAGCCUGGCUGAGCUGCUGGCCCGCGACUGGCCCGAUGCCGCAGCCUCCGCGGCGGAGAUCCUGGCCCUGCCAGAGAGACUCCUGUUCAUGGUGGACAGCUUGGAGGAGCUGGGCUGUGACCUGCUCGAGCCCGAGUCGCCUCUGUGCAGCAGCUGGGCGGAGAUACAGCCGAUCCAUGUGCUGCUGAACAGUCUGCUGGGGAAGACGCUGCUGCCCGAGGCCUCGCUGCUCAUCGCCACCACCCCUGAGUGUGCCGAGAGACUUGCUACCAGGCUGCAAAACCCCAAAAUCAUAACCCUGAGGGGAUUCAGUGAAAACCACCGCAAGCUGUAUUUCUGCAACUGGUUCCAAAGCAACAGUAGAGCCAUGGAGGCUUUCCGGUGCGUGAGAGAAAACCAAUACAUCUUCUCCAUGUGCCAAAACCCGCAGCUGUGCUGGCUCACCUGUGCGUCCAUGAAAGAAGAGAUGGACCGUGGCAAAGACCCAGCCCUGAGCUGCAGGUGCGUAACCUCCCUGUUUGUCUCCUUCAUUUUGAACUCAUUCACACCCAAGGGGGCCAGAGGGCCACCACAGCAGAGCCGGGGUCAGUUGAAGGGCCUGUGUUCUCUGGCUGCCGAGGGUGUGUGGACCAACAUGUCCACGUUCAGUCGGGAGGCCCUCCGCAGAAACGGGAUCAUGGACAGUGACGUGGCCACCCUGCUGGACGCCAGGGUCCUGCGGCGCAGGGCGGCCGAGGAUUCUUAUGCGUUGCUGCACGUGGUGGUGCAGGAGUUCUGUGCGGUGCUGUUCCACCUGCUGCAGCGUGGGGACCACCCGCACCCCGCAGUGCAGGAUGUGGAGACGCUGCUGCUGAGGUUCCUGAGCAAAAGCAAGUCGCCCUGGAUCUUCCUGGGGUGUUUCGUCUUUGGCCUGUUGAAUGAGAGGGAGCAGGAAAGGCUGGACGCGUUGUUUGGCUGCCACCGGUCCCAGGAGAGAAAGCAGCAGCUGCUCGGGCUCCUGCAGAGCCUGGAUGAGCAGCAGGUGAACUUCGCCCUGCUCUUUUCCUGCCUCGCCGAGAUCCAGGACGAAGCCUUCGUGCAGCAGACCAUGGAGUCCUUCCAAGAGGUCGAAGUGGCCGUUGUCCACCCCUUCCAGCUGGCUGCUUCCGCCUACUGCCUAGGACACUGCUCCGGCCUGAGGAAGCUCUGCCUUUCUAUCCAGAAUGUGUUUCCAGAAGAAGAUGGAGGCGGACAGAGGUCACAGCCAAACCUCGUCCUCUGGCGUCAGAUCUGCACCGUGCUCACCACCAACCGGCACCUCUAUGCAUUCCAAGUGAAGGACAGCAGCCUCCCCAUGUCUGUCGUGGUGGCCCUCUGUCAUCAGUUGAAGCAGCCCAAGUGUCGUCUCCAAAAGCUCCAGAUGAAUAAUGUGUCCCUUCACUGUGAGAUGUGGGCUUUCUUCGAGGUGCUAAUUCACAACCCACACUUGACGUGCCUGGACCUCAGCUGCACCGGCCUCUCCCAGCACAGCGUGAAGUUGCUCAGCAAGGCCUUGAAGCACCCAGCGUGCAACGUGCGGGAGCUCCUGCUGGUGACCUGUGGCCUCAGCCCCGAGGACCGUGAGGUCCUGGCCUGGGUCCUCACCUGCAGCAGGAAGUUCAAGCGCCUAAACUUGGCUGGCAACUCCUUGGGUCAGGGGCUGCAGGCUCUGAGCCAGGGCUUGUGCCCCCCAGCCUGCACACUGGAGUUCUUGGUACUGGCCAGCUGCCACUUGGGCGAGCCCUGCUGGGAGGUCCUCUCAGAAGCGCUCCAGUGCAGCCGCAAGCUGACCUACCUGGACCUCAGUGCCAACGUGCUGCAGGACGAGGGGCUGCGGGCGCUCAGUGCCGCGCUGGGCCGCCCAAGCUGCCCUUUACAGUCGCUGUGGCUCUUCUACUGCGGCAUCACGGCUGCCGGCUGUGAGGCCCUGGCCUCCAUCCUCCCCGGCUGCCAGGGCCUGAAGAACCUGCAGGUGGGGGGCAACAGCCUAGGGGACGCCAGCAUGAAGCCGCUGUGCGAAGCUUUGGCACACCCCAGCUGCCGCCUGGAGAUCCUUGGGUUGCAACUGUGUGGGCUCACCAGCGCCUGCUGCUUGGCCCUCUCGUCAGCUCUCACCAGCAGCAAGACCCUGCGCAGUCUGGACCUGAGCGGGAAUGCCUUGGACCUCAGCGGGCUGGCUGUGCUGGCGUCUGCCCUGAGACAGCCCACGUGUGCCCUGGAGGUGCUGGGGUGA